AUGCUCAUCAGUGUACUGGGUUUCCUUCGCUACUUUGGAGCAGUCCCUGGCUACAGGGACACGGCGUACGAGCUCCUGAAGAGCGGCAACUGGGUGGCAGUAGUGCCUGGAGGAGCAGAAGAGAUAAUGGCACACUCUACGUGCAAUGGUCGCUCUGCUUACGUGGUCUCCUGGGUGUCGAAGUCCGGCAAGAAGCGAGCAGGCUUCGCUCGGGUAGCACUCAAGAUGGGGAAAGGCUUUCAGAUCUUUCCAUGCUUCUGUGAGAAUGGAGAAGAGAUGAAGUUCAACCUCUUCUUCGAGCUCUGGACCUUCCUGCGCCUCGAUAUCUUGGUGGGAAUCAUCAUCCGCCUGACUCCUGACCCCAUGCGGUGGUUGCUGAUGCAGCUGGCUAUCAUCAUCACCUUCAAUGUCUCCUGUCUGUCUCUUCCCCUCCCAGUCAAGGUGACGCAGCAUAUCGGAGAUCCUGUGAUUGUGCAGGAAGAUGACACGGAGGAGACCCUUGCAGAGCGAGUGGAGAAGAGUCUUCAGUCACUGAUUCAAGAGAAGCAAGGGAGAACACACCGUUCGUUCAUCAGUGCGUUGCAGUCAAGCAUGAAAGAGCAAUCCUUCAAGCUUGAAUGA